UUUUCCUUAUAAAAGCACCCUUAACUUUCGUUGUGUGUAUACACGUACAAAAAUUGUAGCAUUGCUCUAUAUAGGGACAGAAUCUCUAUAUUGUGUAGGCAAUACAUAGAGCAAAUAUAGAAAGAAAGUAAGAAACAAAGAAUUAGAGAGAUGAUUUUUAAUAUUUUAGCUGACAAGCCUCAUGCGGUUUGCAUUCCCAGCCCAGCUCAGAGCCACAUUAAGUCAAUGCUUAAGCUAUCAAAAUUACUACAUUACAAAGGUUUUCACAUAACCUUUGUCAACGCAGAUUUUAAUCAUAAACGUUUGCUUAAAUCUAGAGGUCCUGAUGCCAUGAAUGGCUUGCCCGAUUUUCGGUUUGAAUCCAUUCCAGAUGGCCUCCCUCCUUCAAAUGAGAAUGAAACCCAAGAUGUCGCUGCACUUUGUGAGGCUGCCAAGAAGAACUUGUUAGCUCCGUUUAAUGACCUGCUUGACAAGCUUAAUGAUUCAGCAUCUUCUAAUGUGCCCCCAGUGACUUGCAUCGUCUCUGAUGGUUUCAUGCCCGUCGCUAUCGAUGCUGCUGAGAUGCGCCAAAUUCCGAUUGCUUUGUUCUUCACCAUCUCUGCUUCCAGCUUCAUGGGAUUUAAACAUUUUCAAGCACUCCGAGAAAAAGGUCUUACACCACUGAAAGAUGAGAGCUUUUUAACUAAUGGCUACUUGGACAAAGUUGUAGAUUGGAUCCCAGGAAUGAGAGAUAUAAGGCUAAGAGACCUUCCAAGUUUUGUUCGUACAACAGAUCCAAAUGAUUUUUUGUUUAAAUACUGCUUGGAAUGUACUGGGCGGGCUUCUGAAGGUUCUGCAGUUAUUUUCCAUACUUUUGAUGUUUUGGAGCAAGAAGUUCUGAAUGCCCUUUACUCUAUGUUUCCUCGAGUCUAUACGAUCGGUCCACUUCAGUUGCUUCUCAAUCAAAUACAAGAAGUAUAUCUAAGUUCUAUUGGAUGCAAUCUUUGGAAAGAAGAAGUUGAGUGUCUCCAAUGGCUUGAUUCCAACAAACCCAAGUCAGUAAUAUAUGUGAAUUUUGGUAGCAUAACAACCGUUACGAAGGAACAGCUCGUUGAAUUUGGCAUGGGACUUGCUAGAAGUGGCCAUCCAUUUUUAUGGAUAAUAAGGCCUGAUAUGGUCACUGGCGACUCCGCGAUAUUGCCACCAGAAUUCACUGAAGAAACCAAGGAAAGAAGCUUUAUUUGUAGUUGGUGUCCGCAAGAGGAAGUCCUCAACCACCCAUCAAUAGGAGGUUUCCUAACACAUAGUGGAUGGGGUUCAACAAUUGAGAGCAUUUCUUCUGGCGUGCCUAUGCUUUGUUGGCCAUUCUUUGCUGAUCAGCAAACAAACUGUAGGUACACAUGCUCUGAGUGGGGAAUUGGAAUGGAGAUUGAUAACAAUGUCAAAAGAGAUAAAGUGGAGAAGCUCGUGAGAGAGUUGAUGGAGGGAGAGAAAGGUAAGAGCAUGAAGAAGAAAGCCAUGGAGUGGAAAAAACUAGCAGAGGAGGCCAAUGGUCCAGGUGGUUCAUCGUCUAUGAAUUUAGACAAAUUGGUGAAGGAAGUGCUUUUGUCGUGAAAAAAUAAAACUGCAUGCUAAACUAAAGACAGUUAAAGCUGAAGACGAAUGUAUUGUUCUCAAGGUGACAUGGUGGUUUCAUUUUAAUGAAGUGCUUUUUUUAUUUUUCACCUUUUUGUGUGAAGAAAGGGACUGAAAGCCCUCAAAAGAAAUUACAAUAGGUGAGGAGAGGAAAGGCAGAACCAAUGAGAUCACGGUACAAUACAGGGAGCAAUAAAUUGUUGAGGUAAACUCGUA